AUGGCUUACGACGCCCUUUCUCCUUUGCGCGGCGACUCAGGAGCCAAUAAGCGCAAACGUGGCCUUACACGCGACGACCUAGACUUGACGCACAAGUUGACCGAGUACAAUGACGAGAUCGUCGAGGCUAUGCGCGUCCGCAUCCUCGAGCUCGAGCAGCAACUCGCCGCAGCCACCGCGCCACCGCCCGCGAAGCGCCAGCGGAAGUCGACCGCCGCUGCAGACGCAUAUAUUCCCGGCGACAAUGAUAAUGACGCGUCUGAUGCGUUGACGCCAGCCCAACAAAAGAAGGAAGAUAAGAAGCAUCAAGCCCAAAUCAAGAAGCUCUUUGACCGGCUCAAGAAGGAGUGCAAGUCUGCGGAUGUCAAGUUUCAGGGCUCGGACAAGAGUGUCAAGUUCGACGAGGUACUCGAGAAGACGGAGUUCGAUGCUCUGUUCAAAGGCCAGGGGACGUUGAUCCAGCCAACGCCGCAGAACAAGCCAAAGUCAACCGUGACGAUAAUCGAGUUCAACGGUUCGCAGGCGAACGCGUUCUUUACGGAUUCGGGCGCAAAGAUCGACACGCUUAAAGGUACUCGCUGGACUAUCGGCGGCGGCCCCCGUUUUGUCAAGUCGGAGAAGAUCGGCGCAUGCGAUGUACGCAUCCAGAGCAUGAGUGUGCAGUACUCUGCCAACUCCAUGAAGGCGACGCUCAAGUUCGACGUCUACGAAGUCGGCGGCGGGUCCGUCUACGGCACCUCGCACAAAGCGUACGGCGGCUUCGGGCGCAUGUCAAUGGGCGGCAUGUUCUGGUGA